AAGGUGAAGUCUGCGUUCCUCCGCGAUCAAGCACCUGACGAAGAGAAGUGCCUGACCUUUGCGGAUCUGCUGUCUGGAUCGGCGCGGAACUGGUACCGUCAACUACCUCGAUCCACACGCAAUAAGUGGCCGGAUCUCCUUCGCAGCUUCCAGACCCAAUACUGUGGACUGGGGAUCUCCGUCGCCCGCCAGUAUUAUCAUGCUCGCAAGCGAUCGGAUGAGUCUCCGCUGAAUUAUCUCUACCGACUUAACGUCGCCGGACUCCGUGCUCGACUCAAGAUCAAAGACGGUGGGUCCAAGGAGAAGCGCGAGCAUGUGGACCAUUUCAUUGAGACUCUGGGCGAUGAGGAUCUGGCGGAUCGGCUGGCAUUGCUCCGACAGCCGGAUGCUGACGAGUUGGAAGAAGUCCUGCGUGCCUUGGAUCGGGCGAAGAACCGACAGAAGAAGUCCGCGUAUGGAUCCAGCAAGUACCGACAAAAAGCACCAGCGACGCCUGCGCCGGCCGCUCCAGCCAAACAUGUGCGUGCGAUCCAAAUCCAACCUGACUCGGGAUCCGAGUCUGGAUCCAGCGAUGGAUCGGACUCCGAGUGCGACGAAUACCGCAGGAUCUAUUUGUCUGCCUCCCACGACCAUGCGAAACCAGUCGAGGAAGAGCCGAAAGCCCUGGAACGGAACCCUCUAGACCGGCAGCAGCAAGAUCCAACCUCCCGCGAUCAGAGAUCCAAGAUCCACGCUGACGGAUCCGAGAGAAGCCGCUGUACGCACUGCGGAUCCAAGAAGCACUCGCAUCUCGGCUGCUGGAAGCGGUUGACGUGUGAGAAGUGCGGCAAGAAGGGUCAUCCAGGUGACCAUUGCCUCUUCGUGUGCCGUGGGUGUGGUGAACUCCAUGACGUGGGCCGGUGCCCGAUGGAAGAGUUUUACAACCAGAUCCCCGACGACUACUCCAGAUCCGAUGCGACAGUGGAAGCAGACCUGGAUCCAGAAGCUCGUCAAGGCUAUUGGAAGCAGCAGGAUCCAGAGCAGUGGUUCAAACCAGCGGAAGGCGAAGACACCUCGGGAUCCAGAUCCCGACGUGUCGCUGCAAGCCGGCGGAUCGUAGAUCCAGAGUCCUCGUAUCUCCUACCUGGAGAAUUUCGAGGGUACUGGAAGCAACAUUCGCCAGGCAAGUGGUUCCGUCAGGCCAAGAUCCACGGCAAGAUCAACAAUGAGAAGGCUAUCUUACUCCUAGAUACCGGUGGCGAGGUGUCCAUCGCGGACACCGCCUUUGCUCGUAAGAACGCGGAUCAAGAUCACCUUGGGUCAGCCGGGAUCCGACUGGAUCUAGCUGAUGGGACUCUCUACCUGCCUGACGAAGUCCGGAUCCAGCUCAGCGGACGCUGUUCACUCUACAGUGACAAAGCGCAGUCGGUAAAGUUGGAUCGCUAUCUCCAGCUUGGGAUCGGAGAGUCCGCAGAGUUGCCCAUGCGUCUGCGAGGAUCGGAACAUGACAAGCUUUGGGUUACGCGAGGGGAGCGAUGGGUGCCAACAGUGAUCAAGGGCCCGGGCAAGACACGGUACCUUCGAAUCACGAACGUCGGCGAUAAGGAGCUGGUGCUGCGCCAGAAUCAUCAAGUAGGGAUGUGGCUGGCCGGUGAUCGGGUGCCGCGGAUCCAAGGUUACGUAUCCGUCGGAUCCCGCCGCUACCUGGAGUGGCAGAAUCUCGUGCUGCAAGCCACGACGGAGGCUGGAUCUGCGGAGGUGACGCCUCCAGAAACCCCGACGGGGCCGAUGGUGGAGCGUCCUGAGUAUCCGACGCCGCGUGCAAUACUGCGGAGGCAGGAUCCAGCUCAAGUCAGACAGGUGGAACCAAGAUCCAAGAGCGCCGGGGGUGGACGGGGCAAGUCGCUGCCAGAUCCGCCCGGUCAGGCGAUCGACGAAUGCAUCGCCGGGGCGGCGGAGGUGUUGCAACUCCAAGCUUCAAUCAAGGCGCGGACACGAGAUCAGCGACCGGAGGAGACGAGCGGACAAGUGAUCCGCAGGCCGAAGAUUCGCCGGAUCAAGAUCCAAGUGACGAGGAGUCCCUGGGAGUCGGCGAACCUCGCAGUCAACCGUUCGCGUUACGUCAGUGCAUGA